AUGACCACAAGGAUCGCCAAGCUCACCGGCUCCGGAAGCUAUAUCUGGGACCAGAACACUAUGAACGAGAAGGAAGACGCGAGAGACAAGGUUCCUGCUCCUACACUCAGGAUGGUGGACCGCAAGCCUUCGGAAGCUGCGCCGACCACGAGCGGAAGACAGUCUCAUGCGAUUCCUGCAGCAUCAUUCCCAACCCAUAACUCGCCGAGGACAUGGCUCAUAACGUCUGCGCUCACGCCACUCGCUAUCCGGUUGAUACGUCAGCUCCUGGCGCACGGCGACUACAUAGUCGCCUGCCUACCACCACAGGAGAUUGAGCACGAAGACCGCAGUGCCGAAUUCCGUGAGCUCAUCAACGAAUGUAAGAGCAACCGCAAAGAUCGUGAGGGAUGGAAGGACCGGAUCCGCCCCAUCCGGUGUGAUAGCCGCGUCAUGGGCCAGUGCGGCGCUGCCGUCGCCGAAGCCGUCCAAAUAUUCGGGAGGAUUGACAUUAUGCUGUGUUGUAGAGCUGAAGCCGUUGUGGGGACGGUUGAGGAACUAUCAACCAACCCUGCGACGCAGAACCUGGUGAGGGACCAGUUCGAGACUGUCUACUUCUCGCAGGUGAACUUUAUCAAGGCUGCCUUACCGCAGCUCAGAGCGCAACACACAGGCCAUAUCAUGGUUCUGACCAGCAUUGGUGGCCACAUUGGGACACCAGGCAUGUCCUUUUACACAGCUGCCGUCUGGGCACUCGAGGGCUUCUGUGACUCGCUUGCAUAUGAGAUUGCGCCCUUCAACAUCAAGAUGACGAUUGUGCAGCCCAAUAAGGAAAUCCUAAGCCUAACCAACAAGCUCAUAUUCUCGCCGCCACUACCCCAGUACGAGGCCGACCUGAAUCCGGCUCCGAAUAUUCGGGAUGUCCUGUCCACCGUGCUGAACUCGAACCCGGACACGUACAUUGAGCAAAGCGAAGACGAGAUACAGUUCCGCUACCCGAAACUUCCGCCCGCCACCUUGGACAAGCUGGUCAUGGAGACGGUGCAUGCCUUGACAGCCAUUGGCGGACACGAGAACCCGCCGGCAAGGCAUAUCGUUGGGUUCGAAGGUGCGAUUGCCGUCAAAGAAAAGCUGAAGACGGUGACGGAGGAGCUGGAAGACUUUGUUGAAGUCAGUCUGGCCGUGGAUAUCUUUGACAGCGAGCUCACGGCCGAGGCAAGGAAGGGUAGUAGCAUCCCACCGCGUCCCCAAAGGCACAGGAAUGACCUCGCUGAGACGACCAUGACUCCGGAUCCUUUCCUGCCCGUCGCGCCGGCGAGGGUCAAGACUUUGGUGUUGCCCAUAGGAAGGAUUAAGCGUGACCGCUUUGACACCUUUGUCAAGAGCUUGACCCCCGAGAAUGUCGUCCAGCUGCGCGACGUCACCGCCGAUGGACGUCCAAACAGAAAUAUGUUCACCCCGCUGGCCUUCCCCGACGGUGCCAUGUUCUAUGAUCUUAUGACACACGUGCCACCCCCUUCGCACCUUGCGCUGGUGCCCUUCGACCUGUAUCGCGAGCCGCUGGCCCUGCUUGCCAUUGCCGAUGGCUCCGAGAUCAAUAACGUUGUUCUUAGCAAGAGGCAAUCUGGCGGCAGGACCGUCGCCGAAACAAACAUACGCUCGUUAGAUCAGGAGUUGGAAGACCUAAGGGACCGCUACCCCAGGAUACUUGUUCACCAGGUACUGCUGUUCGACUAUGUGCCUUCCGAAGAGAACCCAAUACCAAUCCCAGAAGGCAUCGUUACAAUCCCGCCACCCGAGCAGCAUAAAAGAACUACCAUGAAAACGGUCAUGUGUGACAUAUCCUCGUUGAUUCUCGCUGAGAUGACCACCCUUGCCAAGUCAUAUGAGGGCAUGACCUUUAUCACCUCGCCCGGUCACGCUUCGACCGCGGAACAGAUGUAUGGGGGACAAGGGCCUGUAGGAGACCCUUCGAGGAGGAAUUCCCAGUUUGCACUGCCAACCAACCGAUCGGUCUCGGCAAGCGGACUUAUUGAUAGGGGCCACCAGGCGCGCAUGUCCAUGCCUCCUGUCCCUUUCAAAGGAGGCACUUUUGGUUCCAACCGUGCAGUUUCUGGCCAACCGGCAACACCGCCAAACGGAAGAAGCGGGCUAUCUAACCCGCCUACGAAUUUUGACGACAUCACGGGAGACGAAUCAGCUAGUCCUGAGAAGGCACUGCCUCCGCGUCCCGACCUUAUGGAUGUCUUCAGGACCCAGAGCCAGGACAGGGUGUCGGUCCAGGGAUUUGGUUCGGGCGGAUCGACCGACAAGAAAUUACACAGGGGAAAGAGCAGGUUCCAGAUCGUCUUGGGCUCGCUAUAUCUCCAGGCUGGUCGGUGGAUUGACGCGCUCAGAGAGCUGACUGAGGGUGCAGCCGGGGCCAAAUCGACUAAUGAUCACAUUUGGCACGGCAAGGCCCUGGAGCUUUCUCUAAUAGCACUGUUGCUGCUGGGUUGGGCAGGCAUUGAAUUUGACGUGCACCCCAUCUUGCUACCCACUGCCGACAAAGGGACAGCGCUCGCGAACCAGAUCCUGGAGGCUGAACAGAAAGAUCCGAACCAACCGCGCUGGCUACGGAGAUUACAGGUGUACAUCCCAGAGCUGCUCGACCGUAUCAUCAGUCUCUACUCGAGGAUAACAGCCGAAAAUCUCCAACCGCUACCCAUGUCUGAGACCAUCAUCCGUUUUUGCAGAAUGCUCACGGCUCUGCAUAUUGCGGAUGGGAAGCUCGACGAACGGUCUCUGGAGAUGAUGGUCCUUGGUACACCGCCGCCUAAGCGGUUGACCACGUCUCCUAGGUUUACUAUCGUCCCAACCAGGACUCAUAUCCUAUCGAAUCUAAUGAAGGCUUAUCCGGGUUCUGCUUCUGAACUGUUGACUACCGCUGAUCGGAUAGUACUCCUCAGCGGUAUUGCAUCCGUAUUGGGACUACUAGGUUUCCAGAGGAAGAAGGCUAUGAUCGUUAGGGAUCUGGUGUCGGUUCUGAUCGGCGGCCUGGUGGAAGCGCGCACCAGGGGAGCCGCGGAUGUUGGGAUUCAUCCCGCAGCUGGGCUCGUAGGUCUUAAUGGGCUCGGCGGAAAUGGCCAUGCUGGUGCUCUGGAUCUAACCGAGAAUGAUAUCGAGCAGGGUAUCGGCCCCUUUCUCGGCCUCCUGCUCAGGUCGUACGGAGUGGUAACCGAUGACCCGGGCUCGACGGCGUCUUUGGAAGGCCCGGCCACAAGGGACGACUCCGACGAAGCAGUAGUUGCAAGAAUCUUGAAACAGUCCGAUUUACGGAAUUUCGGCAUACGGGAUAUCAAGCUCAACAUUCUGAGGACAUGCGUCAGCUUCUCUGAAGCGCUUCCAGAUUUUGCUGGCGUGUUGAAAUACUCGAGCGACCUCCUACGGACGGCUGGAAGCGGUACCGCUCCUGGGCUGCGGCGCGAGGACGCUUACCCGGCAAUUCAUAGAGAAGACCAGAUACGCUUCGCCACCAACAUCUCGAAAACGUCUAAUCUUGCCAAGCGUCUGGGUAUGGAUCAUUUGGCGGCCGAGUAUUGGGACGAGUUUCUUCUCAGGGGCGUUAAGCUCGAACCCUUGGCGACGACGCGAACACCGGUUUCGCAUGCUCGGAGCGUGCUGCCAAAUGCCGUGACGACGACGAGGACCUCGCAAGACGUCAAUCCAUUCAUUUAUAACCCUUUUCUAAAACAGCCAGACGCAGCAGCCGUCGAAAAGGUUCUGGUUGCUGGGGAGGCGGCAACAUUCAAACUUACCUUUCAAAACACAUUUGAAAUGGAUCUGGAGCUGGAGAGCAUCCGUCUAGAUACUGAAGGGGCCGAGUUCGAGUCUGCAGUUGAAAGCCUCGUCAUAGGGCCUUAUCGUACCCAAGUUCUCAGGAUAUCGGGAGUGCCGAAGGCUGCAGGGACCUUGAGGAUUAAGGGUGCUAUCAUCAAAGUCAGGGGCUGCCGCGAAAGAAGGUUUCCUAUUUUCAUUGAGCAAUGGGCUCCUGAGAAAGAACAAAAGGUUAAAGGCAUCGGCCUCGCGGCACUUGAUGUCCCCCCCGCAAAGCGUACACCUCCAACGCAGCGUCCUAAGCCAGAAAGCCUUGAGCUUAACGUCAUUGCCGGACAACCAGUUGUCGUCGUCAAGUCUUCAACGCUCCCCCAGUCAUCGGUUAUGAUCCUUGAAGGGGAGCGCCAAAAGUUCUCGGUCACGCUGCAAAACCUAUCAACCACGACUCCAGUCGAUUUCCUGCUGUUUUCCUUCCAAGAUUCGACUCAGGAACCAUUGCAAGCCGCAAUGGCCAGCAGAGAUGCCACUCUUGCUGAGCUCUAUGAAUAUGAGCUCAUCCUUGCCAAGAAGCAGGCUCUUCGUAUACGCAAGGAAGGGAACCAGAAGAGGUACAUUCCUCCUGGCGGCACAGCAACAUUCGACUUUGAGAUUCUCGGGAAACCAGGUCUUACACACGGCCUCAUCCAGGUUGACUACGCUUGCUUAGGCGUGCCUCCUGACGAGCUAGAAGAGGAGAGGUUCUUUACUCGUCAGGUCUCGCUGGCACUUACCGUUACUGUCAAUGCCAGUAUUGAAAUAGCCCGCAUGGACGUCUUCCCACUGCACGGCAGCAUCCCUGAGCCCCUCUGGCUACGGGCGGGUAGCAACAAGGAGAGCACGUCGGAACUGACCGCCGAUACACAUUGCCUGCUGAUGUUGGAUUUGCGCAAUGCUUGGCCGAGUAAUAUGGUGAUACAGCUCGAGUCAGAGGACGGAGCCAGGCUCGAGGAGCAUAUCCUUCCUGGAAACGUUAACAGAGUGAUCUUCCCAAUUAAAAGAGUCUACCUCGAGGACCCUUAUGCGUCCAUUCCUGUGUUGAACCCCUCUCGGCAGAGGCAGUUCAUUGUCAGCUCAAAGCUUACGCCUGAGAUGGAACGAGCCAACCGUGAGGCGUUCUGGUACAGGGAGAGAGUGCUAGACUCGCUCACGGGAACGUGGCGGACCGGGCCAGGAGGGGGAACCAUUGCCGGCGGUAGGAGCGGAAGCAUCGAGUUAAGGGCUAUGAGGUUGACGAGCCGCAUGAUUGAGGCGGUAAAGGUGGAUGAGAUCGGGAUCGAAAUCUCCGUUCUGGAUGCCUCCGCCUCGCCAUCCUCCCCUGAAAAGCAAAAGCACAAAUCACACGCAAUCGCCAAGGUCGAGUCCUUUUUGCAGCUCCGCGUCGCUGUCACUAACCGCACAAACCAGCCCAUCUAUCCGCUCGUCCGCCUCAUGCCGUCCCUAUGCCACCGACCGCUCAACGUCGCGCUCGACUUCACCCGCAAGUUUGCCUGGAACGGCACUCUUCAGAAAGCACUACCUCUCUUGGCAGGUGGAGAGAGUGCCGAGGUUGUUAUGGGCGUCACGGCAUUGUGUAGAGGCGAGUUUGAGAUCUCUGCGAGCGUGGAAGAGACGAUGGUGUGGAGGCCGAGCGAGGAGGAAGAAGAGGAGAGGCGGAAGAGGAGGAGCGAGGUGGAGAAGAUGCAAGAUGCGGCGAUGGGGAUGGAGAUUGCGGGCAGUAAAAGGGAGAGGAGGGUGUGGUGCUCUAGGAGGCCGGCUAGAGUUGUUGUGAUCAGGAAUGAUAUGGAUGAGUAAGUCCUUCAAGCUG